GCUGUCGAGCGCUGCGUCGCGCUUCGAGAGAGCAGCCACUCUGCCCCGCCAUCGCACAGAUCAUCCUGGUCCCUGACUCAAGCGCACCACACCACCACAUUUGUGUGUCUUUGGGCUGCGACGUCUUGCACACGAGCAAUUGAAUCAGCACACACCUAGACAAGAUGCUUGACGUCAACGACUUUAUCGCAGAACGCGGCGGCGACCCAGAGAAGAUCCGCGAGUCGCAGCGCAAACGCCAUGCUCCCGUCGAGAUUGUAGACGAAGUCAUCGAGCUGUUCGAGGACCACCGGAAGACACAGUAUGCGGCGACACAGAUCGGUUCGCAAAUAAACGGGCUGCAGAAGCAGGUCGGGCAGAAGAAGAAGGCCAAGGAGAGCGCAGAUGACCUCCUUGCGGAGAUGGCGGAGCUGAAGAAGCAGAAGGCGGCCAAGGAAGAGGAGGCUGCUGAAAAGCUGGUCAAGCUCAACAUCAAGGCCAAGUCGGUUGGCAACUACGUGCACAAGGAUGUUCCUGUGUCUGGCACCGAGGACGACAACGCUGUCGUGAAGACAUGGGCUCCUGAGAACAGGAAAGCAGAGUUCAAGAGCGACGGUAUCCCACACCACGGCGUCCUCACAAGACUGAACGGCUACGACCCCGAGCGCGGCGUGAAGAUUGUCGGACACAGGGGCUACUGCUUGACCGGCUACGGUCUCUUCCUCAACCUCGCCCUCAUCAACUACGGUCUCGAGUUCCUCUUCAACAAGGGCUACACACCCAACCAGCCGCCCUUCUUCAUGCUCCGCGACCAAAUGGCCAAGACAGCGCAACUCUCCGACUUCGACGACGAGCUGUACAAGGUCACCGAGAGCAAGGACAAGCCCGAGACAGACAAGUACCUCAUCGCCACCUCGGAACAACCCAUCAGCGCCCUGCACUCCGAGGAGUGGCUCGGCACCGCCGACCUGCCUAUCAAGUACGCUGGGUACUCGACCAAUUUCAGGAAGGAGGCUGGCUCGCACGGAAAGGAUGCGUGGGGUAUCUUUAGGAUACACCAGUUUGAGAAGGUGGAGCAGUUCAUCAUCACGCACCCCGAGAAGUCGUGGGAGGCGUUCGAUAGCAUGCUUGCUACGUCUGAGGAGUUCUACCAGAGCCUCGGUUUGCCGUACCAGGUGAUCAACAUCGUCAGUGGAGCGCUGAACAACGCGGCGUCCAUGAAGCGUGAUCUCGAGGCCUGGUUCCCCGUCACUGGUGGCGGCGAGUACAAGGAACUCGUGUCCAUCUCCAACUGCACAGACUACCAGACGCGCGAGCUCGAGAUCCGAUUCGGCGUCAAGAAGCAGACUGCUACUCGCAAGGAGUACGUUCACGCUUUGAACGGCACACUCUGCGCAACCGAACGCACACUUUGCUGCAUCCUCGAGAACUACCAGACCCCCGAGGGUUUCAAUGUCCCCGAGGUGCUACGCAAAUACAUCCCCGGCCAGCCCGAGUUCUUGCCGUUCGUCAAGGAGUGGAAGCCCAGCAAGGACGAGACGAAGACCCCGAUCCCGGAUAGGACGAAAUGAAUCAACGAUUUCGAGGAAGAUUCCGUCGAAGAUUCUGAUGAAACAUCCGAUAAUCAUUCUACAUCAGUGGAGAAGAAAUUGAACGCGUUGGGGAAGGCGAUGGGUGAUGAGGUCGACCGACAUAUCAGGAGAUAUUCCGUGUGCCAAAUGGGAACAACAAGUCAGGUUGAUCCCAAAAUCGCUAUGAAUAGGGCGAGGUUAGAUCGUAUCAAAUGAACAUGAUCCUCA